AAAAAAUAGAACAAUAAGGGGAUUUCACGGCUUAUUAAAAUACUUCCUUAUAAGAUAUGUGUACAGGGGCUGUAAUGAAUUCACCAGGUAUUGUGACUCGCGCCUAACUCGCCACGCUCGCAAACACAAUAGAUAACAAAUUUGGUACGUGUGGCUCUGCCUUGCUUCUUAGCUACGAUUACAUAUUCUUUUGUUUUUGUAAUAUCCAUUCAGCAAGGCCUUGGCAGUACUAUUGAAAGAGUAAUUUCUUCUAUACAAAUAUUCAGUUGUUUCUAUAUUUGUUUCCAAACUCGGCCAAAUAUAUAAGGUAGGACAUUUUUCAUGUCAGUCAGUGCAAAUUGAGGAGUGUCAAACCGAACAAGUAAAAUAAAUAUUCACUACUUAAAUUUCAAAAUGUCGAAGACAAAUUUGAUAACGGUGUUGGCCCUCAUAGCUUCAGUAACAGCUGAGCCGUACAUAUACGGUGCUCCUAUCUAUGCGCCGUCGGCUGCUUACACAUCGGCUGCGUACACUGCGCCUGCGCUCCCGGCGGCGUACCCACCCGGGUUCCCUGCAGCGUACCCCGGUUACCCAGCAGCGUACUCCGCACUGCCGGCAUACUCUGCAGGACUCCCGGCCGCGUAUACUGCAGGACUCCCGGCUGGGUACACGGCGGCGUACCCUGCUCCGUAUUCAGCUGGCUUACCAGUCCCAGCUAUCUCUGCGUACGGCUCCUCAUAUAGUGUUGAGGAACUGGCUCCUCUUGUCAACUCUCCUUCUGCCCCUCUAGUCUACGCACCACCUUACUCUCCGCUCGCCAGCUAUGUGUACGGACGAUAAGAUGAUACAGGACCGUGAUCAUUGACUGUUAAUUUAAGUUCUGACGAUUUUACCUGUGCUUUUGUUUUUGUUAUUAUAAUAUAAGUCUGCUUGUUUAUUUGAA